AGCAAGCAGGAGGACAGGUGAGACAGCAGGACAGGACCGGAGCAGGGCCCCAAGCCCCCGGGCCUGGCGGGGGACACGCUUCUCCCUACACUCUGUGCCUCAGCAGCUCCAGACAGCGGACCCCACGGCGGAGAGGGCUGAGUACCCUUUCCCUCUACUUGACCCCGCAGGAGAAGAUGGGGAGCCCUGAAGACGACCUGAUUGGGAUUCCAUUCCCUGACCACAGCAGUGAGCUCCUGAGCUGCCUCAAUGAGCAGCGCCAGCUGGGCCACCUAUGUGACCUCACCAUCCGGACGCAGGGCCUUGAAUACCGUACCCACCGGGCUGUGCUCGCUGCUUGCAGCCACUACUUCAAGAAGCUCUUCACUGAGGGCGGUGGUGGAGCAGUCAUGGGGGCUGGGGGUGGGACAGCCAUUGGGGGAGCAGGGGCUGGUGUGUGUGAGCUGGACUUUGUGGGGCCAGAGGCCCUAGGUGCCCUACUUGAGUUUGCCUAUACAGCUACACUGACCACCAGCAGCGCCAACAUGCCGGCAGUGCUCCAGGCUGCCCAGCUGCUGGAGAUCCCCUGUGUCAUCGCCGCCUGCAUGGAGAUCUUGCAGGGCAGCGGGCUAGAAGCUCCUAGCCCUGAUGAGGAUGACUGUGAGCGAGCCCGCCAGUAUCUGGAAGCCUUUGCCACUGCCACAGCCUCGGGAGUUUCCAAUGGUGAAGACAGCCCUCCACAGGUGCCCCUCCCACCGCCGCCGCCACCACCUCCACCACCACCACCUCGGCCUGUUGCCCGCCGUAGCCGCAAGCCCCGAAAAGCUUUCCUGCAGACCAAGGGGGCACGGGCAAACCACCUAGUACCCGAAGUGCCCGCAGUACCCACCCAUCCUUUGGCCUACGAGGAGGAGGAGGUGGCAGGCAGAGUGGGAAGCAGUGGGGGCAGUGGGCUGGGAGACAGCUACAGCCCUCCCACAGGGAAUACCUCACCCCCUGAUGAGGGGUCCCUGAGCUACGAGCCCUAUGAAGGCGAGGAAGAGGAGGAGGAGUUGGUAUACCCCCCACCAUACAGGCUGCCGCAGGUCAGCCUGUCCCCAGAGGAGCUGGGCUCAGAUGAGGAUGCCAUCGAUCCUGACUUGAUGGCCUACCUAAGUUCCCUGCACCAGGAUGCCCUGGCACCAGGCCUGGAUGGCCAAGACAAACUGGUGCGCAAACGCCGCUCCCAGAUGCCCCAGGAGUGCCCCGUCUGCCACAAGAUCAUCCACGGGGCAGGCAAACUGCCACGCCACAUGAGGACCCAUACAGGCGAGAAGCCCUUUGCCUGUGAGGUCUGCGGUGUCCGCUUUACCCGGAAUGACAAGCUGAAGAUCCACAUGCGGAAGCACACUGGAGAGCGCCCCUACUCGUGCCCGCACUGCCCAGCCCGCUUCCUGCACAGCUACGACCUCAAGAACCACAUGCACCUGCACACAGGGGACCGGCCCUAUGAGUGCCACCUGUGCCACAAGGCUUUCGCCAAGGAGGACCACCUGCAGCGCCACCUCAAGGGCCAGAACUGCCUGGAGGUGCGCACCAGACGCCGCCGCAAGGACGAUGCACCACCCCACUAUCCACCACCCUCUGCCGCCACCCAGUCGCCUGCUGGUCUCGACCUCUCCAAUGGCCACUUGGACACUUUCCGCCUCUCUCUGGCUCGACUCUGGGAGCAGUCGGCCCCCACUGGGCAACCUGCCUCCACCCCGGGGCCCCCUGAUGACGAUGAGGAGGAGGGGGCGCCCACAACUCCUCAGGCUGAAGGUGCCAUGGAGUCCUCUUAAAGAGGGAUGAGUGGCCAGGCUGGAGCAGCACAAGGCUGGAGUGGGGGCGGGGUGGGGUGAGGGGGGGUGCACGGCGCCCAUGCCAAGCAGUGGGAGCCUGCAGGACAGACAGAGCUGGGGUCAGAGCACUGAGCCUCCCUGGCGUCAGAAAUCAGCCCCUUCUCCCCAGAACCCUCAUUCCAGUUCCAAGCUGAGAAGGUUUUGGGGCAAAGGCUCCCCAGACUGGGGUGAUCUCCCAAGGAGUGAUCCAUAUAUUAUGUAUAUAUUUAGAGCUCUAUUGUAAAGGUGGGGUCCUUGUCCCCAGCUGUGCCUGGGGAGUAGAAGCAAUAA